GGGGAGGGGGGUGGUGUCCCCGGCCGGUUUGGGGGGUGCGUUGCCCGGAGACGGAAAGUUUGGGAGCCGGAGCAGGCUCGGCUGCGGCCCCGGAAAGGGGGUCCAGGGAGGCGGUGGCCCUGGGGAUGGGGAAGGAGCAGGAGCUGCUGGAGGCGGCCCGCACCGGGCACCUCCCGGCCGUGGAGAAGCUGCUGUCCGGGAAGCGGCUCUCCUCAGGCUUCGGGGGCGGCGGCGGCGGCGGCUCCUCCGGGAGCAGCAGCGGCGGCGGCGGCGGCGGCCUCGGGUCCUCAAGCCAUCCCCUCUCCAGUCUGCUCAGCAUCUGGAGAGGGCCGAAUGUGAACUGUGUUGACAGCACUGGAUACACACCUCUCCACCAUGCUGCUCUGAACGGCCAUAAGGAUGUGGUUGAGGUUCUUCUGAGGAACGAUGCGCUGACCAACGUGGCCGAUUCUAAAGGCUGCUACCCUCUGCACUUGGCAGCCUGGAAGGGAGACGCUCAGAUAGUGCGGUUGCUCAUCCAUCAAGGGCCCUCACACACCAGAGUCAACGAACAGAAUGCUCUUGAGAUCAAAGAAUUCAAAAAGUACGGCCCCUUUGACCCUUAUAUCAAUGCCAAGAACAACGACAACGAGACGGCCCUGCACUGUGCAGCACAGUACGGCCACACAGAAGUGGUGAAGGUCCUUUUAGAGGAGCUGACAGACCCCACCAUGCGCAACAACAAAUUCGAGACCCCGCUGGACCUGGCUGCGCUGUACGGGAGGCUGGAGGUGGUGAAGAUGCUCCUGAACGCACACCCCAACCUCUUGAGCUGCAACACUAAGAAGCAUACUCCCCUGCACUUGGCAGCAAGGAACGGCCACAAAGCCGUGGUCCAGGUCCUCCUGGAUGCUGGCAUGGAUAGCAACUACCAGACGGAGAAGGGCAGUGCUUUGCAUGAGGCUGCUUUGUUUGGCAAGACCGAUGUGGUGCAAAUCCUGCUGGCUGCAGGAAUUGAUGUCAACAUCAAAGAUAACCGUGGACUGACUGCCCUAGACACUGUCCGGGAACUCCCUUCUCAAAAGAGCCAGCACAUAGCAGCACUGAUUGAAGAUCACAUGACUGGAAAAAGAAGUACAAAAGAGGCAGAUAAAACCCCCACCUCCCAGGGACCUCUCAUCUCCAAUAUGGACUCCAUAUCCCAGAAAUCUCAGGGUGACACGGAGAAAGCCGUGACCGAACUGGUCAUUGAUUUUGACACAAACGCUGAAGAGGAGGGUCCCUACGAGGCGCUGUACAACGCUGUCUCCUGCCAUUCGUUGGACAGCAUGGCCAGCGGGCGAUCGUCUGACCAAGACUCCGUGAGCAAGGAGGCAGAGGCGGCGGGAGUGAAACCGGCUGGAGGGAGACCUAGGGAACGACCCCCGCCUCCAGCAAAGCCACCCCCUGACGAAGAGGAGGAAGACCGCAUAGACAAGAAGUAUUUUCCAUUGACAGCUUCUGAGGUCUUGGCCAUGAGACCCUGGAUUCAGUCAGGUGCAGCCAGGGAAGAGGAUGAGCAUCCUUACGAGCUCUUGUUAACAGCAGAAACGAAGAAGCUGGUGGACGGUAGACCAAAAGACCACAGGCGGAGCAGCAGCGGCCGGAGCCAGGACUCUGCGGAGGGGCAGGACGGGCAGGUCCCAGGGCAGUUCUCGGGUCUCCUCCACGGCUCCUCCCCGGUGUGUGAGGUGGGGCAGGACCCUUUCCAGCUGCUCUCUGCCACUGGCCAGGGCCAUCCAGAAGGGUCCCCCGCACAGGGCGCCUGUCACGAGGCCAGCAUGCAGCUGGAGGAGACGGGUGUGCACGCUCCUGGAGCCUCCCCGCCCAGUGUCCUGGACCAGAGUAAGAGAGUGGGUUACCCAGCUGGCCUGCCCGCCACCAACAGCCAAUCGCACCCCGAAACUUUGACUCCCACGGCAUCUCAACACCCUGGCGGUGCCGAGGAAGAGAGAGACCGGAGCGGGGCUAGAAGCCGAGCCCCUCCCACCAGCAAACCCAAAGCUGAACUCAAACUCAGCCGCAGCUUGUCCAAGUCAGACUCUGAUCUCCUGACCUGCUCACCCACGGAGGACGCUACAAUGGGGAGCCGGAGCGAGUCCUUGUCCAACUGCAGCAUCGGGAAGAAGAGGCUGGAGAAGUCGCCCUCCUUUGCCUCGGAGUGGGAUGAGAUUGAGAAAAUCAUGAGCUCUAUUGGAGAAGGGAUUGACUUUUCUCAGGAACAGCAGAAGAUCUCAGGUUCUCGGACGCUGGAGCAGAGCGUCGGGGAGUGGCUGGAGGCGGUUGGGCUGCAGCAGUAUGAGAGCAAGUUGCUUCUGAAUGGCUUUGAUGAUGUCCGCUUCCUGGGGUCUAACGUGAUGGAAGAGCAGGACCUGCGGGAGAUUGGCAUCAGUGACCCACAGCACCGGCGGAAGCUGCUCCAUGCGGCACGCUCCCUGCCCAAGGUGAAAGCUCUGGGCUAUGACGGCAACAGCCCCCCAUCAGUGCCCUCCUGGCUGGACUCCCUCGGGCUGCAGGACUACGUCCAUUCCUUCCUGUCGAGCGGCUACAGUUCCAUUGACACUGUAAAGAACCUCUGGGAACUGGAGCUGGUCAACGUCCUGAAGGUCCACCUGCUCGGCCAUCGUAAGCGCAUCAUCGCCUCCCUUGCAGACCGGCCCUACGAGGAGCCACCCCAGAAGCCCCCGCGGUUUUCUCAGCUGAGAUGCCAGGACUUGCUCUCCCAGACGUCAUCCCCCCUGAGCCAGAAUGACUCCUGCACUGGCCGCUCCGCUGACCUGCUGCUGCCUCUGGGGGACACGGGCAGGAGGCGGCAUGACAGUCUGCACGACCCUGCGGCACCUUCUCGGGCAGAGCGCUUCAGAGUCCAGGAGGAACACCGCGAAGCCAAGCUGACCCUUCGGCCCCCCAGCCUGGCCGCCCCCUAUGCCCCUGUGCAGAGUUGGCAGCACCAGCCAGAGAAGCUCAUCUUCGAGUCCUGCGGUUACGAAGCUAACUAUCUGGGCUCCAUGUUGAUCAAAGAUCUUCGAGGGACAGAAUCCACACAAGACGCCUGUGCCAAGAUGCGGAAGUCCACCGAACACAUGAAGAAGAUCCCCACUAUCAUCUUGUCCAUCACGUACAAAGGUGUCAAGUUCAUCGAUGCCUCCAACAAGAACGUCAUUGCGGAGCAUGAGAUCCGGAACAUCUCCUGUGCGGCCCAGGACCCAGAGGACCUCUGUACCUUUGCCUACAUCACCAAGGACCUGCAGACCAGCCACCACUAUUGCCAUGUUUUCAGCACGGUGGAUGUGAAUCUAACCUACGAGAUCAUCCUGACGCUGGGGCAGGCGUUCGAAGUGGCCUACCAGCUGGCCCUGCAGGCCCAAAAGUCCAGGCCGAUGGGGGCCUCCGCCGCCGAGACGGUGGAAACAAAGUCUUCCAAACCGGUGCCUAAGCCUCGCGUCGGCGUAAGGAAGUCAGCAGUGCCGCUGCCCCCCGAUAGUCGCUGUUGUUACUGUCACACCUGCACCACUCAUCGUCCUUCUUACCUACCGCUGCCGUCUGUUAGUCCUGGAGUCAAGCUGGAACCGCCAGACACGGACCCAGACGCCCAGUCCCAUGCCAGCGUCUCCUGGGUUGUGGACCCGAAACCAGAUUCUAAGCGGAGCCUCAGCACCAAGUAUGAGACCACUAUCUUCUAACCGCCCACCCCCUGCCUCCACUAGUCUCACUGUGCCUUGCCAUCCGACCUCUGCUCUUCUCCGCUCUCCUUCCGGCUGCUGCCGUCGAGGCCCCGCCCCCGCCGGGCCCUGCCCGCCUCCCGGGCAGCAGCGCUAGACACUGCACACUCCCAGCUCGUACCCAACACCCCCGGACACUGUGAAGUCCCCGCUCGGGCGAGGACGGCUUGGUGGGGGUGGGGGGUGAGCCGCCUUGGAGGUGGGCACCAGGAGGGCUCAGGGGCCCCUGUUGCACCCAGGAAGCCUCAGCAGGCAGGCGCUGUGAAUCCCGAGGGGUGGGCGGUCUUCAAGCAGAGCCCACACAGCACCCUCUGCCGAGGCGGGGCGCGCCGGCCGCCCUCCUCGCCUGUCUUCCGUGCUGAGCCGCAGCCGGGGGCCGCCGCCCCGAGCGAACUGUCCUUUUGCACCUUUCCUGACACAACCAACCACUGUGACCACGUGGUGCCAGAAUGCCCUCGCACUCCGCUCACGGCUGGCCCUCGGCCCCGUCCCUCUCUCUCCUCUGCCGUAAGGUGCUGGCCUCCCUCUGCUGAGAGCCUGAGCUCGGCGACAUGUCUUGACUAGGGUCAGACUGCGUUCUGUGAGGCCCGAGGUCCUCGGGCACAUGCCUGAGCAUCUGAACCCCCGGGGGCCGGCUUCUCUCAGCAGGCCUCCUGGUCCCGAUGAGUCUUCCGCUCCGAGGAAGGGGAUGGCACAUGUGUGGUCGGCCCCUCGUGUCUUCGCCAGUGAGUCGCAAGGCCGGCCCUGGAGUCUAGCUCACCGAGAAGGAAGGCCUUUCUGUAGGAGCCAGCAGGAGGGAGGCUGGGGCCCUGCACACUGUGCCCCUUCUCCCCUCACAGCACAGAGCCACUCCCGUUGUUGUCCAGGGGUGACACUUCACAGUGUGGGGGUCAGAGCUAGUCAGCCUGCUCCUUCUCCGCUCCGCCACCCACAGCCUCUUGUCUCCUCCGAGAGGGGACGCUGUGCGGUCUGUUCUGGCAGCUGGGCUUGGGGCGCGGGGCAGGUCGGCUCAGGUGGCAGGAGGCGGGAAGGAGCGGUUCCGGGAGGAGGCAGAACUGACCUGGGAUAGUCCGUAGAGAAAGCCAGGGAGUGACAGCGGUUAUUCUAGAGCUGAAGCCCAAGCUGAUACACCGGGGUGGGUCCCGCUGCCUGCCUUGUCUGUCCUUGUGCCUUCCUGAGCAGACGCGCUGAGCCAGAGGUGGCGUUGGGCCACGGGGAGGCUGCGAGGGACCUUUCUGUGCCGCCUCCACGUUUCCUUUCAGUUUCCUACACCUUGUGCAGGCCCCUUUGGUUAACCCUGUCCUCCCCCCGUUGUGUUUGCUUCUGCCAAGCUGAGCCACCGAAGGAGCCAACUGUGCUGCGGAAACACAGACGUGGGGAGCACAGGCUCCCGCCACCGCCAUCACCGCCACUGCUGUGUCACCUGCGCUCUGAGGACCCAGGCCCAGCCUCUGCCUGUGGCAGCUCCUUGGGGCUGCUUGGCCUGGAUCUGCCCCCACCAGGUCUCACAGAGUGAGCUGCACUCCAGACCUCGGGCAGAUGAGACUGAAACUCCAGAGAGUCAAGAAGUGACUUGUCCAGAAGACAUUUUUUAAUAGAAAAAAUUUUUUCUAUAAAGCGAAUUUUUAAGACUUGGCUCAAACCUCUAGGUUAAAUUGCCAAAUCUUUAGACAGAUGGCCAUCGGAUCAGAAGACGGAGGACCUGAGAUUGGCUACAUGGCCAGUCUGGCCAGGCUUCUGUCCUCGGGAUGGGACCUCAGCAUGGUCCGGCAGGGUGAGGAGAAGGCAAUGGCCCGAGGGUGAAUUGAAAGCAGGCACGAGUGGGCAAAAUUGAGUAGGUCUGUUAGAGUCCGCUUCUCAAACCCAGCCGGGUUAGCUGCCGUUCCUUGUGAACUGCAUGACUGCUGGUCCCGCCUAGAGCCGGGAGAGGCACCUGGCAGAAGCAGAGACUUCUGGUCCAUUUCUGGGGUUCCAAACGUGAAGGCCCAGGGGCCAGACGGAGCUGAGCGAGCAGCCCCUGGUGCCCCAAAGUCUGAGCUGGAGCCCUGGGCUGCCCUCCGCCCCGGACCCGGUGGUCAGAGCACCAGCCGCACGCUCCCUGGUACCCUCCAACAGCCAGGGUUCAGUUGGAGAGAAGCAGCAGCUUCGUUUUGGGCAUUAAUGGGUAGGUCAGCUAAGACUGCUACCUGCCAAUUUGUGAUUUGUCUAAUCAGGUGUGUGAUUAGGACUCACUUUGAUUCUCUGAAUUAUUGGUUCGACUAUUGUAUUUCAGCUGCUGGAUUCAGCCCUGGCUAAGUGUAGAGAAGGCUCUCUUUAGCCUUAUUAGAUGACAGUCCAUUUGAUUCUCCCCCGGCGUGGCCUUCAGGGCAGGCUGGGGACCUGGUGCAGCACGGCCACAGAAGCCCUCCUGCCAGCUUGCUUUGCUCCAACUCGGAAUCUCGCUGUGCUCCUCAGGUGGUGGAGGGGACGGGAGGGGCAGUCCCUGUGAGGCUGAGGCAGGGCCAGAGCAGCUGCCUGCCCCGUCCCUUCCAGAGCAGCUACAGCGAGGAGCCUUUCCUCCUGCCAGUGGCCAGCAGCCCUCACGCUUUGCUGGCACCGUCACAGGCUUCGGCGGCGGCUCUGCCCUCCUGCCACCUGGCUCUCUGCCCGCCACCACAGGCCCCAGCAGGCCCCUCUCAGGGGCAGAGGCAGGUGACCCUCCACUUUCCGGUACUAAACAGGGACCUCAACACCUGGGCUCUUGGCUUCACUUCCCGCUUCUUCCAAGGCCCAUGGGCUUCCCGCCCCUGCCGCUGGAGCCUCCGCUGGAGGAACCCCAAGGGCUGUGCUCCCCCAGGGCGCCUCCCAGCCCCGAAAGAAAACUGUGUAGACACUACCGAUGAGCUGCUCAAGCUGUCUUUUUGUUUUUAAAUCCUAUGUAGGUGUUUCCUCCCCUUGAAGCUGCUAUAUCUUUAUUUAUUCAGGGUGUUGUUGGAUUGCAAAGCCUUGGCUAGUCUGCUCUGGCGCUGGGUUUCGUUCUGAGUUCGGUUUCUUCCUUAGUCACGAAGGGUAGAGACUGGAUCUUUCUUUCCUUCUUUCUUCUCCUCUGGGGCAGGCAGUCUCCCUUCCCUAGACAGGGAUAGUGUAACUUUAAGGACAAGCUUUGAGUGGCGAAGCCCCUGCUUCUGCCCUUCUCUGAGCUGGGCAGGAGCCCGUUUGGGGGCCCUGGAAACGGGAGUCACCACGGCCCCCCGCCACAGGUUCUCGGCUUGCCUCUCUUCCACUCGCUCUUCUGAGCAGUGGGACCCCUGAAAGGCCCUGCAUUGCGAUGCUCCACAUCCCUCUCAGGUCUCUAGCACCAGACUCUAGAGGGCAUUCCUGAGAAGCUCCUGGCUGAGCAGGCAGCAAACAUAGUUGAAGUCGUAAAGACAUUAGAAAGCUAGUCUGACCUCGGUCUGUUCUUGAAAUGCCCAGGCCUAUGGAAUGACUGUCAGACGCAGUUCACAAAAGUGUUAUUGCUAAAGGUGUGGCAAUGGGACUGAAUUGUAAUAAAAAUGUUAUUUAAUCUUUGUCUCUGUAUUUUGAUACUUGAAUGAAUUCCCCUUUUAUUUUACUGUACAUAUCAUUGUUAACCUGAUUGUGUCUGAAUUAUGAACAUCUUGUGGUACCAAACAUAAGCGAUCUGUGCAACACGGACUGACCUCACCACGUGAGAGUGUAAAUACUCCUGGGCUUCCAGCUUCGGUUUUGUUAUUUUCCUAACUGUACAACUUAGAACAGACUGAAUUAAUAAAGGAGAAGCAACAUGAAACCA